GCGAAACAGUUCUUCCUUUCCAACUUUGUACCCGGUUAUAGUUUAUGGCAUUUUCUGUAUUUGAUUAAAGUGGGAGAGAUUAAUUGAGUCAUGGCGCAAGAAAUUCUUCGGAAGGAAGAAACUCUCGCAAUGAGGAAGAAGUUAAUCGGCCAGUCAUGUAGACUGUUUUAUUCCGAAGACCCAGUGAAAAUAAUAAGAGCACGAGGACAGUAUCUAUUUGAUGAAAAUGGAAAGCAAUAUUUGGACUGUAUCAGUAACGUCCAACAUGUGGGUCAUUGUCACCCCACCAUUACAAAGGCUGCAGCAGCUCAAAUGGACCUCCUGAACACAAAUUCAAGAUUCCUGCAUGACAACAUAGUCCUGUAUGCUGACCGUCUGGCUGCUACCCUGCCCAAGAAACUGUGUGUCUUCUACUUUGUUAACUCUGGUUCAGAGGCCAAUGAUCUUGCCCUACGCUUGGCCCGGCAGUACACCCGACAUGAAGAUGUCAUUGUUCUUGACCAUGCAUACCACGGGCAUCUAAUGUCCCUCAUCGACAUUAGCCCUUACAAGUUCCGGAAACUGGCGGGACAGAAAGAAUGGGUUCAUGUGGCACCCCUACCAGAUACCUACAGAGGCAUAUACAGAGAAGACCACCCCAACCCAGUCCAAGCAUAUGCCGAUACAGUAAAAGAUGUUAUAGAGGAUGUGCACAAGAAAGGCCGUAAGAUCUCAGCCUUCUUUGCUGAAUCCCUGCCUAGUGUUGGUGGACAAAUCAUCUUGCCCCAAGGAUACUUUUCUAAAGUUGCAGAAUAUGUGCGCUCAGCUGGUGGAGUGUUUGUGGCAGAUGAGGUGCAGACAGGCUUUGGACGUGUGGGACAUCAUUUCUGGGCUUUCCAGCUUCAGGGAGACGAUUUCUGCCCAGAUAUAGUCACCAUGGGCAAACCGAUGGGCAAUGGGCAUCCCCUGGCAUGUGUAGCAACCACUGCAGAGAUAGCUGGAGCUUUCACAGCCAACAAAGUGGAGUACUUCAAUACAUUCGGUGGGAAUCCAGUGUCAUGUGCAAUUGGCCUGGCAGUCCUCGAUGUGAUCGAGGAGGAGGACUUAAGAGGAAAUGCCGUAAGGGUGGGAGCACAUCUUAAAGAUUUGCUCAUAAAACUAAAAACACGACAUGAAUUAAUUGGAGAUGUCAGAGGUGUUGGAUUAUUUGUGGGACUCGAGCUGGUUACUGACAGAGAGAAGACUCCUGCCACAGAAGCUGCAGCACAUAUAGUGAAGAGGCUGAAGGAGGAGGAUCGAAUAGUCGUCAGUACUGAUGGCCCGUGGGAGAACGUCUUGAAGUUUAAGCCUCCCAUGUGCUUCAGCAUGGAGAAUGCAGAACUGGUGGUAGAAUGUAUCGAUCGCAUCCUUUCAGACAUGAAAGCCAGUGACCUCAGACUGGAAAAGGAAGACAUCUAAGAUCAUACAACCAGUCACCUCUCUGAUGAGACCCCACAGACUGGAGGUAAAACACUACAAGUGAUGCCAGCUACAACACGUCGCUGUCACCUGGGAAAUGUAGUCUACCAGAAGAUGACACUUUUAAAAUUCCACACUUUAAAACAAAUAAAAAAAAAUUAUAUAUAUUUUACUGUAAUCUAAAUUCAUGUAUUGUUUUUCUACCCACAGCCAUUCAAAAAAAUCCAGUUUGGACUUAACACUGAUUGGCAAUAUGUUCUUAAUACACAGUACGGUAGAGUUAAGCACUUACCAGACAGCUAUCUUUAACUCCUGGACACAUUCACAGAAAUGCUCAAGUAUUGCAGUUUAACAUCUAGUGGGGUGGGUAUUAACACUCAGCAAGUUAUCCUUCAGGUAGUGAAGCCCUCUCCUCACAGCUUCCCGUAGAGAUGUUAACAUUACUUGAGACAAAGCAAGCAAGCCAUUUAACAGUACAAAACAUUUAACAUUAACUUUAUAAAUAAUAACAAAAAGAUCCAUGUGUAAUAUAAACCAAAAGUUUAUUUCUACCAAUUUGCCAAAGACACUAGAGGAAUGAAUUUUCAGUGAGGGAGGGAACACCCUCUUACAUUAACAGGCUUGCGUUCAGUUGAAUAACACUAGUAAAGCCACUUAAAAUUGCAGACAUGAUGGGGGAAGAAUCUCCUUAAAAGCCAAAAUAAAAUUAAAAAGAAAACUGCUGGUUGUCUUUGUCUACCAUCUGCAAAUGUUUGACACUCUUACAAAGAACCCUUUGAUUAGUUUAAAUCCCUUAUUUUUACCUCACCCCACAUCUGAAGCCAUGCAACUCACAUCCAACACUCAGCAUGGGACAAAAUAAAAUCUAUAAACAACAAAAGAAAAACAAAUAACUAAAAACAAA